AUGCUUAUAUCUGUAGUAAUGAAGAAGGAGUUUGAAUGGGACAAAGUGAGUAUUGACAUGUCAGCUGCCUUCAAUACCAUCCGCAGAGGUACAACAAUCAGACUACUAGAAGCUGCAGGAUGCUCCAGAGACGACCUGAGGCUUGUACAAUACCUCAUGGCUAACACCACUCUAGUAGUCAGAGUGUGUUCUACUGACUCAGAGAUGUUCUCUUUCAACAUAGGAGCCUCCCAAGGAGACAGCACAGCUGGUAAAUUGUUUACCCUCAAUCUAGCUGGAGCUGUAGUGCACAUAAGAGCAGUCCUCCCCUCAACCCCCAACCCUCCGAUAGCCGAUAACCACAUGCCUCUUGAGUCCGGCUAUUCAGACGAUGUAGAGGAGAUUGGUGAAGAUAUGGAGGAGUUACAGGAUAUCUUUCAGAUCUCCAAGAAUAUUCUCAGUGAAUGGAGUCUCUUUGUCAAUGACACAAAGACAAAGUUUACCAGAGUGUAUUUAGAAGAAGUUGGUGCAUGUGACGAGUGGGAUAAUGAACUAAGAGGAAAAGAGGAGUGGAGAAACGAGACGCUUCUUGGUACUAAGCUUGGAUCAGAGCAGGAUGUUACUAAUAGAAUGAAUAAAGCUAACAGCGCCUUCUGGUCAUUUGACAAGCUGUGGUGCCAGGGAUCAGAGAGGAGUCAGAUAACUGAGAAGAGAAAGAUCAAACUCUACGACUCACUAGUAGUAUCAGUGCUCACUGCUCCUGUACAACUGCUGCUGCUGGGCCGUACCUCAGCAUGUUCUAGAGUCUGUAGAUGUUGUUCAGAGAAGCACCUCAAGCGCAUCCUACACAUCUAUUGGCCUAGCUCAACAUCUAACAAGGCCCUCUACGCUCGUACCCAGACCAGGCCCCUUUCCGAGAGAGUGGAAAAGGCACGGUGGACAAUGCUAGGUCAUGUUCUACGCAGUGACAACGACACGCCUGCCUACCAGUCUCUGUUAUUUGCUUCACUAGGAUGUCAAACACUAAAGGGACGAGUGUGUAGACACAGGACUAAUUUGUAUGAUAUUAUUGUGAAAAAGGACCUAUUCAAGAGACGAAUUUAUUUGAAAAAUGAAGAUUAUUUUACCAACUUAGUGAACUUAGCAAGAGAUAGAAGUGCUGUAUCUGUACUCGAAUAG